CACUUUUUCAUUUCCCUGGCUUUACAAAACUGGCAAGUUUUGAGUCAUGCAAAACAAGCUGUAUGUUUUUUUUUUUAACAAAGCUUUCUCCAGAACCUCGCUCUGAGAUUCAUUUUGACCUACCAAGCUUUCAUCUUCCCUCUGAAAUUUUUUCUUCAGUUCUUUCAUUGAUACUACUGAAAAUCAGUUAUAUCAGUCAAUAUCAUGGCUUCAAGUUUUGCCAAGAGAAAGACCACCAGGUUUUUAGGACCUCUUCUUUCUUCAUCUUUGCCUCAUCUCUGCACCAGGAAUGGUGUUCCGGGAAGCACCAGAAUCUCACCUCUCCUCACCCAAUUCGUCGAUUCCGACUCAGUCAAGUCUCCUCCCUUUCCACCCAUCGAAAACCUCAACUUCCGAGAUUCCUUUACUAACAGAUUUGGCCCCAAGUUUAGCUCCAGUCCCAAUAUAUACCAAAUAUUUCUUCUGAAACCCAAACGCUCUGAUCUCAGUGAUCUGUUUCUGUCAACGAACGGCCAAAGGGUCGUAUUCUCAAGUUCUUCGGGGCAGUCAAGAUGCAGCAGUGGGAAAUGCCAGACCGGCGACGAGUCAAAGAGCCCGGAGAUCUGUGGGACCACCUUCGACCGAGACGAAUCCGAGCUGGCCGAGACCCGAGAGGUUGUGGAGAAGAUGAUGAAGAGUAUCGCUUCACUGAGUAAGGCAAUGAGUUUUCUCUGCGUCAUUCCGAUGGGUUUGGGUGGUUGGUUUAUGAUUGGCUCGGGGUGUUCUUCCAUGCCUGAUAUUUUGCUGCCGACCUUCUUGGCCUCUGGGCUCUCGGUUCAAAUGGCUUUCGUGAUGAUAAGGUCGCUGGAACCAAUACUGUUGUUCCAGAGAAUGGAGGCGCUGGGGAGGCUGCAUACCACGACUAUGAGCAUAGAGAUUGCCAUGCAAAUGAACUUGUUCUUUUCUCGCCUCCAUGUGUGUUUUCUUUCUUGCAUUGCUGUUGCUUCUGUUGGUUUGGUCUAUGUUGUUUUCAUUAGAUAAAUUGAAUUUAUGGGCAAAAAUCCCGAUUCGAUAUCCCUGAUACCGUUCUGAAACUAUCAUUUUCAUUUAGGAUGCAUUUUUUUUCAUCUCGAAUCGGUCCCGUAUCGAUAUCCAUCGGGAUGAGACUAGGAC